GCAGCCAAAAAAUGGAGCUGGGAGAGGGAGGGCAGCAGACAGCUGGUGGGACUGGAGAAAGGCAGUUUCCUUUGCAGCCCUGGCUCUAAGCCUGUAAUUGCUGGGAGACAAAAAGGAGGCGAUCAAAAAAGGCAAAAACCUGCCUUGCCUUUUAGGUUAGAAGCUCUGUGUUCUAGCUGGGAAAGAGAGGCUGUUAUUUGGGAAUCUUCGCUAUGGAAAAGUGGGCACUUUCUUCCCUGCCCUUGGGAUGGGCAUUUGUCCAUGGAGUCUUGACUUGAUAGCUGAGGUUCAUCCUGUGUGACCUCAGAUGGGACCCAGGGUCAUGCCUUUUUGGUUACCUAGGCUCAGGUGACAGGGUCCUGCUCUUACCUCCUACCUAACAGCCUCUGUCACCUGCUCUCUUUGAUAUCUGGAAAAUCAGGUCUCCCUAGAUCCCAUGCCUCUGCCCUCCAGGCUUCCUCAUCCCCUGAGGUGUGAGCGGGAGAGAAAAGAGCGGGGGAGACCUCUUUGGUAAUUUCUGCUUUCCUGAAGAGCCACACAACCCCACUCACUGGCCCCUUCCUCUUGCAUUCCCGGGGUAUUUAUUAGACAGGCCUUGGCCUAUCCUUGAUCUAUGCCAUUCUCAACUUUGUGGGAAAGCACACAGGCUAGAGCAGGAUUUGCACUUCAAGCUUUGAACCUCGCCCAUCUCCUCGCUGCGGGAUCGAAAGCCAUGCGCUGGCGUCUCCUCCAGGCCUCCUCUGGAGUUGUUCUCUUUCUUGUGAGCAUGGUGCUCCUUUCCACGAGGCGUUCCGGCAUCCAGGAAGCGGUCGACAACCAGAGACUUUCAGGAGGGAUAUCUGGCAGAUGGGCAUGGAGGGAGAUGAUGCUGGCGGGUGUGGCAGAUUGGAGAAACAGGAGGGAGACUGAGCAUGGAAAACAACUCAACGGCCACGAUGAUGGUAUGGCAUAUUCUGCUGCUGGAAAAGGCCUCUUGCUGGAAGAGCUUUUCAUCGCUGUCAAGACAACCCAGAAGUUCCACCAGUCCAGGAUGGGAUUGCUGCUGGAGACCUGGAUCUCCCAGGUUAAAGGACAGACAUAUGUCUUCACUGAUAAAGAAGAUGAUGAGCUACGGGAAAAACUGGGUGACCGUGUGAUCAUCACAAACUGCUCUGCAGAGUACAGCCAUCCAGCACUUUCUUGCAAAAUGGCGGCGGAGUUUGAUGCCUUUUUGGUUAGCGGCCUAAGCUGGUUUUGCCACCUUGAUGAUGACAACUACCUGAACCCACAAGCUCUGCUCAAGCUCUUGUCUUCUUAUUCUCCGGAUCAAGAUGUGUAUAUUGGGAAGCCCAGCUUGAACAGGCCAAUUCGUGCCUCAGAAGCUUUGCCUAAAAAUCAGACAAAGUCAGUGUAUUUUUGGUUUGCCACUGGAGGUGCUGGAUUCUGUAUCAGCAGGAAGCUGGCCCGAAAGAUGGCUCCCUGGGCAAGUGGCAACAACUUCCUGAUCACAUCUGAGCUCAUCCACCUCCCUGAUGACUGCACCGUGGGCUAUAUCAUUGAACGUAAGCUAGCCGGUCACUUGGUCCCUAGUGACCUGUUCCACUCUCACCUGGAGAACUUGCACGUCAUCCAGGGUCCCCAACUUACUAAGCAGGUCACUCUCAGCUAUGGCAUUUUUGAGAAGAAGCUCAAUGUUAUUGAGCUUUCCGGUCCUUUUUCUCCACAAGAUGACCCUUCCAGGUUUCGAUCACUUCACUGCCUUCUUUAUCCAGACACUUCCUGGUGUCCACAGCCAGUCAUCCUGUGAAAACUGCUCAGAAUGGUGGAGAAGAACACGAGAAGAGCCCUGCUGGACCAGACCAAAGAUUUACCUAGCCCAGCCUUCUGUUCUCACAGUGGCCAAGGGGCCCAGGGGCUGGCCACAAGCAGGACAUCAAUGAAACAGAACUCUACUGCUCCUGAUCUCCAUCAACUGAUGGAGAUGCAUGAGGCAGUUCACAGCUAUCAUGGCUAGGACCUCUUGAUAGCCUCAUCCGUCACAAAUUUGUUUAUUCCCCCUGUAAAGCUGUCAAGUAUUCCAAAUCCCUCUUCAACAGAGACCACCUUAGCUGUGUGUUGACUUAGCUGAGGGCUUUAUUGAUUACUGAAGGAAGAGCUAAGGCAAGAGGGGAGAUAGGUUAAAGUGUGUGGCAAGAGGAUGGAUUGAGAGCUACUCUUCAAGUUAUGUCAAAUGAGGUGUUGUUGUUUAGUCGUUUAGUCGUGUCGUGUCCGACUCUUCGUGACCCCAUGGCCCAGAGCACAGUCAG